AUGCCCAGGGAACAUCUUUCGCGAAGUGAGGGACGACGCCGCUUUGCCACCCGAGUCGAAGAUCGCCUUGUUGGCGGUAACUCAUCUGAUUCAUUAGUGAGUGCUGCCGUAUCAACGUCUUCAGAGUCUGCAGAAGCCCAAUCAGACUCCACAAACUCCCCAGGGGGUUCUGGUUCUCCUUCCCCCAGCGAUUCUCCCACAAUCGGCGACGCAACGAACAAGAAGCCACUGGCAGCCGUGAAGAGUGCCAUCGCAGAUUUCCAAGUUAUCUCUGGGUUAACGCUAAGGCUACCGACCGAUAAAGAGACGUCGUAUAUCUACAAGUGGGGAGUUUGUGUUGAGAUGGUUGAAGAUGGAAAACCUGUUCACCACUGGAUCUGCCUAGCUGACGACACCCGCAGGAAGCAAGGGACCAAUUUUACGCUUUCGUCUGGUCGAACCUCAAACGCUGCGAGUCAUCUGGCCUCCGUUCACGGUGUAGUUUCACGAAGAAUGCAAGCGUACAAAACCGAAAAAGCGUAA